UCAAUGAGGUACACUGCUACGCCCCAACCACUGGUGCUUUAACCCUACAUCAUCACCAAUAUCAACAGACAAUGACUUCUCGAGUUGUAAACCUUGAAAAUUAUGUAAUUCCACUGGAGGAGAUCAACCGUGCCACUGAAAACUUCAGUUCCCAAAGAUUCAUUGGAUGCGGUGGAUUUGGUAAAGUCUACAAAGGAAAACUGUCUGAACGCUGGGAGAAUCUCACAGUUGCUAUCAAACGCCUAGAUCACGAUAGCUAUCAAGGAGAGAUUGAGUUCCGCAACGAGCUUGAGAUGUUUUCCAGAUUCCAUCAUGAAAACAUCAUCUCUUUCAUUGGGUAUUGUAAUGAAAGCAAUGAGAUGAUUAUAGUCUAUAAAUAUGCUAUCAAUGGAAGCAUUGAUUAUCAUCUCCAAGACCCAGAUAAGAGGCGUAGCAUAACGUGGAAACAUCGCUUGAAGAUUUGCAUAGGGGCAGCAAGGGGGCUCGAUUACCUUCACUGGGGUCUUAAGGAGCACCAAAGAGUUAUACACCGAGACAUAAAGAGUGCUAACAUAUUGUUAGAUGAAAAUUUGGUUGCAAAAGUUUGUGAUUUCGGUUUGUCAAAAUUGGGUACCAAAAAUCAGCCAAAUACCCAACAGUACACUAACACCAAGGUUGCGGGGACUCACUUUUAUCUGGAUCCCACCUACCAAGAAAGUGGCAUCCUCAGCAAAGAAUCAGAUGUAUACUCAUUUGGGGUGGUAUUGUUUGAAAUCCUGAGUGGGAUGUUGGUUUAUUCUAAAAGGAACAUUGGAGAUGAUAGACCUCGUGCUCUGAUGAAUUUUGUGCGACGAUACCAUGAAAACGAACCAGAAAAGUUAAUCGAUCCCUAUAUAAGUGAUCAGAUUGACAAUCGUUCUUUUAAUACCUUUAUACAGAUUGCAUAUCAAUGCAUUAGUUUAAAUUUAAAGGAACGUCCUCGGACAAACACCAUCCUCCAGAGGAUUGAAGAAGCAUUGAGUAUUCAAGAGAAUGUUGAUGCCCUUAUCGCGUGUGCAACAGCAGACAGGGGAUUCAAUCAUGGCAUACCUGUUGCAGCUUCUACCAUAUACAAAUGCCUUCUCCAUUGGAAAUAUCUUGAAGCUGAAAAAACCAACAUCUUUGAACGACUUAUUCAGAUUUAUAUUUCAGCAAUUGAGGUACUUGGUCCAGUAAUGAAAAAACAAAGCACUAUGUAGAAAUCAAGUUAACUCAACUAUUCAUUAACCUUUUACGUUUAAUCUUAUCUAGUCAUGUUGACUCUAAGAAAGAUACCAAGUCUUUGUUUGGAGUUAAUUAGUUAUUCAUUGAUUUGUUUCUUAAAAUUAAAAGAUGAAAAUAUUUGUCGGAUAAUUUCCACUAUAAUGAUGGUUCACCUUAUUUCACGUAGGCGUUUGAUAGCAACUGUGAGAUUUGUAUCUAGUCAUGUUGACUCUAAGAAAGAUACCAACUAUUCACUAUAAGGCUACUCGGUAUGGGGGUAGUUUCACGCGUCUUGGGCUGAGGUGGCAACCUCUCCCACGCGUGAACACCGCCCCGAAGUCCGGUGGGCUGCGUGUGGCGUGAGGCGGAAGACGGACGAAGACAAGGUGGUUGAUUGGGCAAUUGAUUUUCGAACGUUAUAUGACCGUUUAAAUAAAAUAAAAAAAAACUUUUUUUUAAUUUUUUCAAAUUCUCUAUAUAUACAUCUACUUUAACCACAAUUUCCACUAAACCACACCCACAUUUUUUCAAAACAAACACACACAUUAAACCAAAAAAUAGAUAAUUUUUACCUCCAAUUCAUUCGUCUUCCGAUGAUAACGAUUCCGAUGAAGAUUUGAUUUUGUAUACAUUGUUAUCCGCGGCACGAGACGUGGUAUGUGAAAGGGGCGAAAGUUCAAACGUCGACAAGAAGCAUAGAAAAUGGAUCAACCGGGAUCGAGAGGCGGCACAUGAACUUUUGGUACGUGAUUAUUUUGCCGUUGAUAAUUUAUAUGAUCUAUCUAAAUUCGAAGAAUGUUUUCGUAUUAGUAGAACUCUAUUUUUACGUAUAGCUAGAGAUUUGGCACGUAAUUAUGAAUUUUUUCAAUUACAAUGGGAUGCUAGAGGUAAACACGGUUUUACUACAAUACAAAAAUGUACGGCCGCUCUUAGACAGUUGGGAUAUGGUAUAACCGCAGACGCAUCAUAUGAUUAUUUGAAAAUGUCUGAGAGGACGGUUCAAGAAUGUACAUAUUUAUUUUGUGAGUAUGUCAUAGAGCUUUACCGUGACAUAUACUUGCGACAUCCGACUAAAAGCGAUGUCGAACAGUUGUAUGUAGCGCAUCAAAUGAAACAUGGUUUUCCAGGGAUGCUUGGUAGCAUUGAUUGUACACAUUGGGAGUGGGAAAAUUGUCCCAACGCGUGGCGUGGCUAGUUCACGCGAGGUGAUCAUGGGGUGCCGACUGUUAUUUUGGAGGCAGUGGUUUCAAAUGACUUAUGGUUUUGGCAUGCAUUCUUUGGUAUGGCCGGGUCAAACAAUGACUUGAAUGUGCUCCAAGCGUCUCCGAUAUUUAACGAUAUUUUACAGGGCAAAGCACCAGAAAUGUCAUAUGUUGUCAAUAGAAAUGAAUACAAAUAUGGGUAUUACCUAGGUGAUGGGAUAUAUCCAGAAUACGCCACAUUUGUCAAGUCAUACACAUUUCCGGCCGACAAUAAAUGGAAAAUGUUCAAGUUAGCACAAGAAUCUGCAAGGAAGGAUGUAGAACGGGCGUUUGGAGUUCUCAAACAAAAGUGGCACAUAAUCAAACAUCCGGCACGAACAUGGGACAGAGAAAAAUUGAGGACGGUGUUGACUGCUUGUGUUAUUUUACAUAACAUUAUAAUAGAAGAAGAGGGUACGGCUAUUUGCUCAUAUACCACAAACGAUAUAUUUAACCCAUCCUAGUAAUACAAGUUGGCAGUCCGGCAUACUUCUCAAGGGUUUUGGAAAUACAAAAUCAUGAAAGACAUCACAAUCUACGACAUGAUUUGACCGAAUACAUAUGGGAACAGCAAUUUCAAGGGCAAAAUGACGGUGAAGACGACGAUGAUGACGAUGGUGACGAUGGUGGCUACGAAGCGGAUGAUACUAGUGACGACAACGACGACGAUUAGAAUUUUUCUAUGUUUUUUAUGUUUUUUAAUUUUUAUUUUAUUUAGACAAUGUAAUGUUAUUUUUCUAUGUUUUUUAUGUUUUUUUAAUUUUUAUUUUAUUUUGACAAUGUAAUGUUUAAUUUUACUAGUUUAAGUUUUAAAUUUCUAUGUUUUAAUUAAUGAAAUCUGCUCUUAUUUUUUUAUGUUUUAAAAAAUUAAUGUACGUUAUAAAUUAUGCUUUUUAAUUACUAUAAUGUUCAAAAAAAUUUGUGGAGUGGUAACCAUUUCUAGUCUUUAAUGGGUUGGUGGUAGGUUGGGUGUGAAGUUGACAUGGCGCACAUGUGGCAGCACUUUUCUGGUGGGGUGGGUGUGACCAUUCCCCAUAGCCUAAUGA